UGAAACAUUUCAAAUCAACACAUUUUUGAAAAAAAAACCCCCUUCUUCUUGGACCCGCCCGGUCUAGGGUUUUCACUCUGACCCGCUAUUGCCACUCGAAAGCACCAAAAGGGCGGGAGACGGGACCAUCGUUUGAAACCCUCAUCUUCCAAUUCAUCCAACACUUUGAUCGGAACGGAGCAAUGUCAUCAAUCGGAGUCCAGCAACUCACCAUUCUUGGCGAGUUCAAGCCCUUCGGCCUCAUUGCUGAAGCUCUUGACGGUAAAUCUGCUGACGAGGUCACUGAGGAGUAUGACUACUUUCUAUUCGAUCCAGAAGUUACUAGACAGCGGGACGAAGCUGAUUCUGAUGACACUGAAGCCUCCUCUUCUUUGAGCGAUCGUAGCGAUCACGAGCUUUUCGUUAGAGGAAAUCGGAUAAUAUGGACAAUAGGAGCAAGAGUGUACAAGAGAUUCAGCUUACCUGCACCAGUUAUCAUGGCCUGCUGGUGUCGUAUGGGAGAUUUGUCUGAAGCUCUUCUUUGUGUUCUACAAGUAGAUAGUUUGACGAUAUAUAGUGCAUCAGGUGAUACAGUAUCUAUCCCUAUUCCUCGUGCUGUCACAUCAAUAUGGCCUCUUCCAUCUGGUCUACUUCUCCAACAGACAGACGGACCGAACUCAUCAACACAUUCUCUUUUUUCAUCUUCAAGCCCAUUACUCCAUGAUAUACCCCGCUCAAAAAAAGACAUGGGUUAUAAUAGUCCUCAACAAUCUUUCAAUCUAAGACGUUCAUGGGAUCAUAUGAUCAAAGCAGAUGGGGCUUCACUGUCUUCACAUCUGAUAUUAAACGAUCCACUAGAAGAACCACAGCCAAUCCAUAUCGAGGAAAGAGGGAAGUUAAACAUCAUGAAGGAAUUUGAUGAAAAGACAAUCUGGACUAGUGAUCUUAUUCCACUUAUGGCAUCCUAUCAUAAAGGAAAGUUACAACAUUCGUUAUGGACCGCAGAAGUUAUAAAUUCCAACCUUAAAUCAGGGGAUUCUUUUCUUCCUGAUGCUAUAUUGUCUAAGAAGUUCUUUUUUCGACGAAUAUGGCAAGGGAAAGGGGCACAAGCAGCUGCAAGUGAGGUUUUUUUGGCAACAGAUAGUGAUGCCACUCCUGUUAUUUGCUUCCUUCUUCAAGAACAGAAGAAGUUGCAAGCAGUGCGGCUUCAGUGUGUUGAAAUGGAUAAUGAUAUUCUUUAUGAUAUUAGACCCGACAUGAGCUGGAGCAUACCAGCCAUCGCAGCAGCUCCUGUUGUUGUAACUCGUCCAAGAGUAAAAGUUGGACAGCUGCCAUAUAAAGAUAUUAUUGUUUUGGCCCCUGACAGCACUCUUGUACUUUAUUCAGGUAAGCAAUGCCUGCGUAGAUAUGUUCUUCAAGGGCAUGCUGAUGUUUUACAUAACGUCAAGCCACUGGAAGCACCAACUGCUUUUCAAGAUAUGAAAGUUGUGGGAUUGGCAGAUGCUAUUGAAGGGAGAGUCAAUGUCAUCUUACACAAUGGACAGAUGCUCAGAUGUACGUUUCGUAGAUACCCUUCUUCAUCAUUGGCAAAUGAUUGCAUUGCAGCGAUGGCUGAGGGACUUGAAGCUAAUUUAUACAAUCACUUUACGGUUCUUGUUUGGGGAAAUGGCGACUCAGCGUAUCUAUCUAGGGUGGAUUCUCCUGUUGAUUCUGAAUGGGAGUCUUUUUCUGCUAUUAUAUUAGAAUUUUUUGGCAAAAAAAGAAAACUUCCUCAACCACAUUCAGGUGCAUCAUGGGAGUUUCUCCUCCACAGCAGCUUUCAUGAAAAGUAUUCUAAAUCUCAUUUCAUGAGUGGAUUUUCUUCUAGAAUGUCGCUUCAAAGUGAUGAAUCAUGUUCUGCUUCCCAACAGCUGGAUACAUUCUAUUCAUCCGAAUCUUUGAUAGAGAUCCUUGAUUUACUACAUGCAGUUUAUGAAAGUCUGAAACUUAAUCAUCUUCGUAGAAGGGAUUUAGGUCUUCUUGUUGUUCUACUAUGUGAAGUUUCAAAGAUUUUAGGUGAAGAUGGUUACCUGGAUUAUUACAUACGUGACUUUCCCGCUCUUUGUAGAAAGUAUCGCAUUCAAAAAACAUCAGUAUCACAAAAAAAUCCUCUCAGUUUGUUUAGGUGGCUUGAAAACUGUCUGCGAAACGGAUGUACUGCAACCAGCAUUACUGAUCUUCCAUCUCUUAUGCGUAAAGAUGGAAAUUCUGUUGUGAGUUGGGCUAGGAAGAUAGUUUCAUUUUACAGUGUGUUAUGUGGCGGAAAAAAAAUAGCGAACGAGUUGUCAUCUGAUGUUUAUUGUAAGUUUGCUACUGGAUCAGCUAAGAGUCCUGAGGAGCUAACUGUUCUGGCUAUGGUUGGAGAAAGAUUUGGAUUGCAACAACUUGACUUACUGCCUGCUGGUGUAUCUCUCCCCUUACGGCAUGUAUUGGACAAGUGUCGGGAAUGUCCGCCAACCGAUUGGCCUGGUUCUGCAUAUGUUCUUCUUGGCCGGGAAGACCUCUCUUUGUCACACGCUAAAAAAUUCACGGAAAUGAAUUCUUCGAAUAAUGUGACUUCUGUUUCUAUGUCUACACCUUACAUGCUACAUCUACAUCCGGUUACUAUUCCUUCUUCAAUUACUGAUGUGAAUGGAUCGGAUGAUUCCAAACGUGAGGAUACUGAUUCUGUGGAUGAAUCUACAAUUGAUGGCAUGGAGCAUAUUUUUAACUCUAGCACACAGUUGCGAUAUGGUCGCGAUCUCCGACUUAAUGAGGUUAGACGUCUUCUAUGCUCUGCAAGACCAGUGGCAAUUCAGACACCAGUUAAUCCUACUGCCUCUGAUCAGGAAUUCCAACAGGCUCAGCUAUGGCAACUUGCUCAAAGGACAACUGCUCUUCCUAUAGGUCGUGGUGCGUUUACCCUUUCAACUACAUGGACAUUGUUAACAGAGGCGCUUCCUGUUCCGAAAUUGAUAUUAGCUGGCCGACUGCCUACCCAAAAGAAUGCAACUGUUAACUUGGAUCCAAGCAUAAGGAAUAUACAGGAGCUCAAAUCUUGGCCCGAGUUUCACAAUGCUGUAGCUGCUGGAUUACGGAUGGCACCUCUCCAGGGUAAAAUGUCAAGAACUUGGAUCAUGUACAACAAACCUGAGGAACCAAAUAUUACUCAUGCAGGCCUUUUACUUGCACUGGGAUUACACGGUCACCUGGAUGUUUUGACUAUAACUGAUAUAUAUCAGUACUAUGCACAGGAACAUGAAAGCACGACAGUAGGACUAAUGCUUGGACUUGCUGCAUCUUAUAGAGGAACAAUGCAGCCAGCAAUAUCAAAGUCGUUAAAUGUACACAUAACAGCUCGCCAUCCAUCUUCCUUCCCGGAACUGGAAUUACCAACCCUUCUGCAGUCAGCAGCGCUUGUCUCAGUUGGGCUUCUAUACGAAGGAUCUGCGCACCCCCUAACAAUGAAUAAUUUUCUGGGUGAGAUUGGUCGUAAAAGUGGAGGCGAUAAUGUACUUGAAAGAGAGGGAUACGCUCUAUCUGCUGGAUUUUCCUUGGGACUUGUUGCUUUGGGUCGUGGUCUCGAUGGGAUCGGCGUCAUGGAUAUGUUAGUUGAUCAGUUGUUCCAAUAUGCUGGCGGCAAAGAUAUCCACCAUGAAAGACCCCCUUUUUGCAACGGAUCAAUAGAUGAUCACAAUCGUGGAUCUGGGCAGAUGAUGGAUGCAACCCAGAUUAACGUUGAUGUAACUGCACCUGGAGCUAUAAUUGCUUUGGGUCUAAUGUACUUAAAGAGUGAAUCACAAGCGAUUCUAUCCAGGCUUUGUAUCCCACAAACACGUUUCGAAUUGCAAUACGUGAGACCCGAUUUUAUAAUGCUUCGUGUCAUUUCUCGUAAUUUGAUAUUAUGGAGGAGGAUUCAUCCAUCAGAAGAUUGGAUUCAGGGUCAGAUACCAAAAGUUGUUUUAGAUGGUGUUAAAGGCCUCAAGAGUGAAAUGGACGAUGAUUCUGAUGAUAUGGACAGUGAAGCAAUUGCUAAAGCAUACGUGAAUAUUGUUGCUGGCGCAUGCAUUUCACUUGGGUUGAGAUUUGCUGGUACCAAAGAUGGAAGUGCACAUGACUUGCUCUAUAGUUAUGCUGUUGCCUUUCUGAAUGAGAUAAAGCCUUUAUCUGUUAAAAGUUUGCAUGGAUUUCCAAGAGGGCUGUCUCAAUAUGUUGACAGGGGUACAUUAGAGACUUGCCUACACCUCAUUGCUCUUUCUUUGUCUGUGGUUAUGGCUGGUUCCGGGCACCUACAGACUUUUAAAUUGUUGAAGUUUUUGCGCUGUAGAAAUUCAGCCGAUGGUCAUAUCAACUAUGGCACUCAGAUGGCUGUGAGCUUAGCUAUUGGUUUCUUGUUCCUUGGGGGUGGAAUGAUGACCUUUUCAACUAACAACAGCUCUAUUGCUGCAUUGUUGAUAACCCUUUAUCCACGCCUACCCACUGGACCAAAUGACAACCGCUGCCACCUUCAGGCAUUUCGACAUUUGUACGUCAUUGCUACGGAAGCUCGUUGGGUUCAAACAGUUGAUGUGGACACCGGACUACCAGUUUAUGCUCCUCUCGAAAUUACAAUUAAGGAAACCGAGCAUUAUGCAGAAACAAGUUUCUGUGAGGUCACUCCUUGUAUUCUCCCCGAACGUUCCCUCUUGAAAACCGUCCGAGUUUGUGGUCCUCGUUACUGGCCUCAAGUAAUUGAGCUUAAUCCUGAAGAGAAACCAUGGUGGAAUUCUGAGGACAAGAAUAACCCGUUUAAAUCUGGUAUCGUUUAUAUUAAACUUAAAGUAGGAGCUUGUUCGUAUGUAGAUGACCCCAUAGGACGGCAGUCUCUGCUUUCAAGGACAAUGCACAAGGUGUUUGGUUUGGCAAGUUUGAAAGCUUGUACUCUAGGCAAUAAUGACGAUGAUGCUGCAGUAACCGUUAGUCAGCUCGUCAGUACCUUUUCAUCAGAUCCCAGCUUGAUUGCUUUCGGUGCUCUGUGCUGUGAUCCUUCUUGGAACAUCAAAUCUGAUUCCGAUUUCCAAGAGUUUUGCUUACAAGUGUUAUUUGAGUGUGUGAGUAAGGACAGGCCAGCACUUUUACAGGUCUACUUGUCAUUGUACACAACCGUCGAGUCUAUGGCAGAUCAGGUUAUCAACGGUACACCGAUUAUAAACGAUUCUCAAUUUCUCCCCAGUUUAAAGCUUGCACUAGCAUACAACGAAGCUCUACUGAAAGGACGACUCUCGAGUUCAAGAGGUAGCAUUGUUCAAUCGACAUUUUUAGGUUCCCUCAAAAAGCGGGUAGAAGACCUUCUAGAAUAUUCUCCAUCAUUGACAGUCAACAUACAUGAUUACUUUAGAUCAGGUAAAUGGCCAGCAAGUGAUGAAAAUCCACAGGAUGAUGAUAACCUCUCCACUCUUCUCUCAUGGUAUAUUCAGUGGUACAGUGUACCGCCACCGUCCAUAGUUGAAGCUGGUACUAAGAAAUUAAAGUCCAUCCAAACACCAUCUUUAGUUCCUCUUCUACGUUUAUUGUUUCCCGUCACCAACAUCCAGGCAAUUAAGGAAAUUGCUGCGUUUUUGCUCUCUACUUCAAAGACCAAUAGAUCAACCUUGUCUGGUAGUGGUUAGUGAUUUUUUAUAUAAUAUGCUCUGCAUAAAUUAUGUGUUGUAUUCAUGUUAGUUUAUUAGUUAAUAGAGAAUUUAAUUUGUUUUAUGUAAUUAAAACUAAAAUUGUGAAAAGUAAUGACAUUUUAUGCGAUUGAAUCCUACAAUGAUAAAAA